UCCUCGAUUUGUGUCUGAACGGAGCUUUGUGCCGUUUUAACCGGCUGUUGACCGGGACAAGUGUGUGCCCGGACCCGGGUACAGCUCCGGGUGUGACCAUAGAUCCCGUCUCCACCAAUCGUAAAGCAGUGUGGUGCACAGGACAGGAAGUUCAGGCUUCAUGGAGAUGAAGCUGUGUGGAGAGAUCACAGGACGAACGAAAAAGUCCAGAUGACAACAAUGACCAAAUAUGCUGACAUAGCAGGCUGAACGUUGGAUUGACAGCUCAACAACACACCCUUCUUCCUCCUGCCACCACCCGCUCAUUGUCCGUCCAGCCAUGUUGUUGAGGAGGAAGCUGUGCGUUGCCGUGGUGAUCGCUGCCAUCCUCUUCCUAAUGCUCGCCAGUCAGAGCAUCCAGAGGAGACACUUCCUGCCUCUGUCAUUAGCUCUGCCCAUCAGCAGGGCCACGCCCACCAGCAGGGAGGCAGUAGUCAAACCCACCGCCCCCCCUGCUGCUCUGACCCCUGACCAUCCCAGGACAACCCCUCCGCCCAGGACCACCCAACCUGAAGCAGAGGAGAAGCCUGUAGAGCAUAACCUGAGGUCAUGUGGUUGUACUGAGUCCUGUAUUUCAGACCUGGGGGGGUCAGAAUGGUUCAGCCGACGCUAUGACCCCAAACAGCAGCCCAUCCUCAGAGAUACCAACAACAAAUUUGACCCUGAUGCGCUCAAAUGGUGGCUGAGUCUUCAGCGGUCUGGUAAUGACCAGACUCUAGAGAAAGUGAUGUCAGACAUGUUCAAGGUCAUUUCCCCGCCCACUGUGGACUUCAGGCCCCUCCCUUCUCAUUGCCGUAGUUGCGCCGUGGUUGGCAACUCGGGCAACUUACGGCAGUCAGGAAACGGCAUCCUGAUCGAUUCCCACAACUCAGUUCUCCGGAUGAACAAGGCGGUGACUCGGGGAUUUGAGAAAGACGUUGGGAAUCGAACAACGCAUCACUUCCUGUACCCGGAGAGUGCAGUGGAUGUUGGCCAUGGCGUCAGCCUCGUCCUGCUGCCGUUUAAACUCAGAGACCUGGAGUGGCUGACCAGUGCACUGUCCACCGGUGAAGUUAAAAUGACCUACAUGAGGGUCAAAGAGCGAGUGGAGGCGGAUAAAGACAAGGUUCUGGUGGUGAACCCGGUGUUUUUCAAGUAUGCUCACGAUCGGUGGACCGAAGGACAUGGUCGCUACCCAUCCACAGGCAUGUUGGCCAUCAUCUUCGCUCUGCACACCUGUGACAAGGUAAGAAGGAGGGGGUGGAGUCUGCACCGUCAUCUCUAG